GAGUAACUUUCUGAGAAGUUUUAUUUCUAGUUUUGGUCUGACCUCUGCCAAAAUGUCAGGAGACUCUCUGGUCGCUGGCUCCUUCAUGAUAGCAGACUAUGUGGUGUUUGCUUUCAUGCUCCUGGUGUCUGCUGCCGUCGGGGUCUACUUCGCCUGGGCGGACAGAAGCCAGCGAAGCUCAGGGGACUUCCUAAUGGGGGGUCGAAGACUGACGGCCCUGCCUGUCUCCCUGUCCCUGACUGCCAGCUUCAUGUCAGCCAUCACGGUGCUAUCCAACCCAGCCGAGGUGUACCGCUACGGAGCCUGUAUUGGAUUUUAUGGUCUCUCCUAUAUAAUGACGAUGGUGGUCACAUCUGAAAUCUUUCUCCCAGUCUUUUACAGGCUGGCCAUCACCAGCACGUAUGAGUACCUGGAGCUGCGUUUCAGCAGAGCAACCCGACUGCUGGGAACUGCGCUCUUCAUUGUUCAGACAAUCCUCUACACUGGAAUCGUCAUUUAUGCCCCAGCUCUUGCUUUAAACCAAGUGACUGGGAUGGAUCUGUGGGGUGCAGUUAUUUCCACAGGCGUGGUCUGCACCUUUUACUGCACAAUGGGGGGUCUAAAGGCGGUGGUGUGGACAGAUGUGUUUCAGCUUGGUGUCAUGCUUGCAGGCUUCCUAUCUGUCAUCAUCAGGUCUGUGGUCCUACAAGGUGGCAUCAUCCCCAUCAUUUCAGAUUCACAACAAGGAGGAAGAGUCAACUUUAUGGACUUUGACACAAACCCUCUGAGGAGACACACUUUUUGGACCAUAACCAUCGGAGGGACAUUUGUCUGGGUCAGUAUCUAUGGCAUCAACCAGGCCCAGGUUCAGAGAUACAUCUCCUGCAAGAGCAUCACACAUGCCAGACUAUCUCUGUACAUCAACCUGUUGGGCCUGUGCGCCAUCUUGCUGUGCUCAGUAUUUGCAGGAAUGUGUCUCUUCUCAGUCUUUAAGAACUGUGACCCAUGGACCGCUGGACUGGUUUCUGCUCCCGAUCAGCUGAUGCCGUAUUUGGUGAUGGACAUCUUGGGAAACUAUCCUGGCCUUCCUGGACUGUUUGUUGCAGCUGCAUAUAGCGGAUCUCUCAGCACAGUGUCCUCCAGCAUCAAUGCACUGGCUGCAGUGACAGUGGAGGACCUGAUCAAACCGUACACUAACAUGUCUGAGAAACACCUGUCCUGGAUAUCCAAAGGAAUGAGUCUUUCAUAUGGGGUUUUAUGCAUUGGAAUGGCUGGACUGGCUUCACUCAUGGGAGGGAUCUUGCAGGCAGCCAUCAGUAUAUUUGGGAUCAUAGGAGGUCCAUUACUUGGUGUGUUUACAUUGGGUAUCCUCUGUCCAUUUGCGAACUCCAAAGGAGCAUUGUCAGGACUUGUGUCAGGGUUGGCUGUGGCUCUCUGGGUGGGCAUCGGAGCCCAAAUAUACCCUCCCCCUCUUGAGAUGACCCGACCUCUGUCACUGACCACUGAGGGCUGUAACUUCACCACCACGGAUAGCAUCAACUUCAACUCCACCGUUCUGCCAACACAGCCAACCUCCAUCAACACAGCCCCAGUACACGACAUUGAUGCCAGGCCUCUGCUGGCAAAUAGCUGGUACUCAUUGUCCUACCUUUACUUCAGUCCCAUUGGAACCUUAAUAACUAUCAGUGUGGGACUGUUGGUCAGCCUGAUCACAGGAGGCUUGAAGCUAAGGGCGGAAUCUAAGCUUACAUUAAAGAAAGAAGACACUUCCCUUUAUCACCUGUUCAGGUGUUUCAAAGACAGAGUCAUGAGACGAACGGGAGAGCUCAAUCUGACGAGGGACAGAGAGAAGAAAACUGGCAGCACUAAUCCUGCUUUCUGUGACGUUGAGCUGGACUUAACAAAAGGCAGCAUUCCUACUUGAAAUUAAACUAAUGUUUGUUAUGUGAUUUCUGGUCUAAUGCAAGAAUUGUCAAUGAACUUGAAUUACAGAAAUAAGUCUGUGUGGAAUUUGCAUGUUUUUUCCUGUGUUUGGCUAGGUUUUCUCUCACACUUCAAAUACAUGCA